AAAAAAUCAACACGUAUUACAGAGCUAGUCUGCGAGCAGUGUAGUUGAUAAUGGCUAAAGCUCCAACAGUAAUUCUAAGUAAUGAUGUUAAGUGCCCUCAAUUAGGACUGGGAACAUGGCUUUCCCCACCAGGAGAAGUACAAAAAGCUGUAAAGCAUGCAAUCGACUGCGGGUACAGGUAUUUUGAUUGUGCCAUGUUGUAUGGCAAUGAGGCUGAAAUAGGCCAGGGCAUAAGGGAAAAAAUCGCUGAUGGGACUGUGACAAGAGACGAGCUCUUUAUAGUGACAAAACUGUGGAACACAUUCCACGAAAGAGAUCAGGUUGUACCAACAUGUAGACAGUCGUUGGAAAACUUCGGAUUGGAUUAUGUAGAUUUGUAUCUGAUUCACUGGCCGGUGGCACAAAAACUAUCGGGACCCUUCAAUAUCAACCUCCCCUUCGAUAACGCCGCAUGUUAUAACCACGAUUUCGUAGACACUUGGAGGGGAAUGGAGGAAUGCGUCGACUUGGGCAUCGCCAAAAGCAUUGGUGUAUCGAAUUUCACCAACGAGCAGCUACAAAGGGUUCUGGAUGCGGCCAGGAUAAAACCCGUUAUGAAUCAAGUCGAGGUUACUCCGAACUUGAACCAAAAAUCGCUGAUCAAGUAUUGCAAGGACAGAGGUGUGCAAGUCACAGCCUACAGCCCCUUCGGCUCGCCAGCACGCCCCUGGAAAAAACCUGGAGACCCCGAUGUGUCCCUGGACGACCCGAAACUUAUGAGUAUAGGGAAAAAAUACGGAAAGACCACUUCGCAAGUGAUACUCAGAUAUUUGGUGGAACUGGGUGCAAUACCAAUUCCCAAAUCGCAAAACCCCAAACGUAUUGAAAUGAAUAUCGACAUAUUCGACUUCACUUUGGAUGAUGAGGAUAUGAAAGCAAUGGACAGUUUCAAUUGCAAUGGAAGGGCAGUGCAUGCUAUGGAAUUGAUGGGGUCCAAUGAAUACCCUUUUAAAAAAUAAUCAGUUUUUACAUCACCUGUAAUAAUACAAAUUUAUUAUCGAACACGUUUCAUCAAUCAUUUUUCGCUUAUAAUCCACUUUUUAAAUGAACUCUCAUAUGUAAUUUUUAUCUACAUAGUUAGUAUUAAGCCUUUAAUGAAAUUAUUCUCUUGAACAACUCAUAACAAUUUCAUUGGGUGUAUCUUAUGAACCUAAGUUAGAAUUUAGUUUGGGAUAGUUUAGGUUAGGAAGACUAAAUUUCAUGUGAAUAUGAUCUUGAUAAAAUAAUUACACUGAAAACUUUUCAUUUCAUAAAAAGGCUUCCCCAACAAAGUUAUCGUCACAAUUGUCAACUAUUGUGUAAAUAUACAAAUAUGGCAGCUUCCAAAACAAACGUUGAUAUAUUUUGUUUAGAUUACAGCAUAUUCAAACGAAAGCAAUUUAGCGUUGAAUAGGUAGUAAUUUCCCGCUACAUUACAAAUCCUUAACUGUUCAUUAAGCCAAGUUUGCUUCCAGUCAUGUGACGGAUUUCAAAUUUGGGGAUUAGAUGAGCAUGCGAAAUUAAACGCAAAAAUACAUGUAUGUGUAAAUACAAGAUUCUGUUAAAUUAUUAUGACCUGAAAAAUUGACGCCAUUGGCAGAUUACGUGGUAACUAUAUAUAUCUACUAUCUAUCUACUAUCUAUAGAUACCGUCAAUUCCCCCGUCAUAGGUUUCUUGAUACCAAAUAAUAUUUAAAAUGUUAGAAAUUGUUAAAUAUCUCUUAAAUUAUGGACUAAGUAUAGGAAAUUGAAAAUGUUAAAGAAUUGACAAAGAAUAUUUUAAACAAUGUUUUAAGAUUCAUAGGCUAUUUUGGUCAAAUUUUAACUAAAAAAAUUAAUAACUCGAAAACUAUUCACUUUAGAUAUAUAUAUAGGACAUAGUAGGGUAAAGUAGUCAGUUAUCAGACACUUUUUAGUUAUUGGACAAUUAACAUUAAUACUGUAAAAACAAGCGUUCUAUAAAUAGUUACCUUAAAGUCAAAUCAUUAGAUGACGCUGUAUACAAUUAUCUCAGUAGGCAAUAAUAUAGAACUACUUUAUUUUGGGUCCAAUAGGUAUAGGACAAAAAGUUCGCACGUUACUUUGGUGGUAAGAUUUUUGUUUUUUUGUUAAGAGCAGGGCUGUGUUUAAAUUACAAUAAAAAAUAUUUCUAAAAAGUGUACAGAUCAGUGUGUGGUAUAAAUGUGUUCCUCGUGGUUUAAACAUUGUCACUUUAAUGCGUUUUAAUUUUAAUUCUGAAAACAAACUGUAAAAUGGCCAGUGUCCAAUUACUGGUUGGUAAAAAAUGUAAAUUUCUAUUAUUGGGCAUAUGUCCAAUAUCAUACUCUUUUUGUAUCCCGGACAUUUACCAGGCAAUUCUUAUGUAAAAUUGUCCCCUGAAUCCGAAAAGACCGUCAAAAACUAUAAAAGUUAAGCAGUUUUUGAGAUAUAGUCAAUUCCAUAUUAUAUGUAAAAUUGAUUAAAUUUCAAAAACUAUUCUACCUUUAUAACUUUUGACGACAUUUUCAGAUUCAGCGAUUAAUAUUUGACUGCUAAAUGCCCUGUAUACAAAUGGCUGUUGUUCAUUUUUAGAGAGUAAGUAAUAUAAUAUUUCUUCGUCACAGGACAUCUUGCAGAAUAACAGUAAUUUAAAUACAUGAUAGAGAACAUACAAAACUAAUGGCAACAAAAUUAAUAAAUUCGGAAAAUACUUUUAACAUACCACCCGAAAAAAUAUUGCAUAUAUAUAAAUCAUCCUGUUCCGGCCUAAAAAUUAUAAAUGCUUUACAAACUAGAGAUACCACACUUAAUGAUAUUUGCAACAAACUAUUUCAGAAGUCAGACCAAGGAAUUAGUAUUUACCUUCAGAAUCCAGAAAAGGGAUGAGGAACCCGAGAAAGAAAUAUAUGAAUUAUAUGAUAUUUACAAAAACGAUAUAAAUUAUCUAAAACAGCAAUUUAUAGUAUAAUAAUAAAAAUAAUAGUAAUUUUACUGUAAUUGUAUGUAGAAUUUGAA